UAAACACAUGUUGCUUCAUGAUGUCAUAAUGUGUUUUAAAUGUCCAUUUGUUUGUACGACACAGGAGGCACUAGAGGAACACGUCACGGAGGAGCAUAAAAACAAGGGUGACCUUAAGUUGUGUCGGCUGUGUUCGCGAUAUAUACGAUGUCCCGAAGGGGGGAGGACACUCUGGAGAAACACAUGGAGGAGUGCAAGGGUAAAGUGCCGCUUGUUUGUAAGGAGUGCAGCAAAGAGUUUAAGUAUGAAUCAGGACUCAAGGUUCACAUAAGUACACAUUUCCCUGAUCAACCCAAACUUUAUACGUGUGAACUGUGUAGCUACCAGUCCAAUUACAAGGCGAACUUACACAAACAUAUCCAGAACAUUCACCAGGAGCGGCAGAAGACAAUCAAAUGUCGGGAAUGUGAUAAGAUGUUUUAUAAAGAGGAGCACAUGAAGCGCCACUUACGUCUUCACGCUGAAAGUAGGCCGUUCCAGUGCGAGAAAUGUGAGAAAGCAUUCAAGACAGUGAAUGCGAUGAGGUGUCACAUGGAAAGCCACAACACUGGAAGGCCAUUUAAGUGUGACAUUGAUGGCUGCAGUAAGACUUUCCGUACAGCCAAAUUCCUCAAAAACCAUGCUGAGGAGUUGCACCAGCUUGGGGAGAAGAAGUAUCACUGCUCGGCCGAGGGGUGCAGUUUCUCAUUCUUCAAGAAAAGUCAUCUGAAGCGCCAUGAAAUCACACAUACAGGAGAGAGGAACUAUCACUGUACGUGGCCAGACUGUGGCAAGUCCUUCCGGCACUCCGACAACUUGAAGGUGCAUCAAAGGCAGCAUACCAAUGAGAAACCCAUCAAAUGUACUAUGUGCAGCUUCUCCUGUCGACAGAGGAACUCUUUACAGUGGCAUAUCAAGAGGCACCACACACAAAAGCCAGGAGAAGAUUCGGAACAGCCACGUGAGACCCCUGUUUCUGGGAGUAGUGAAAACAGCAGUGAGCCCAAAGUGAAUGGUGUGUCUCCUCCUACAGCCCCUGAUGCUGCUGCUACUGGUUCUGCUGCUGCUGCUGCUGUUACUGAUGCUGCUGCUGCUGCAGAUACAACAGCUGUAACAGCUACAACAAGUGAACAGUCUACCAGUGCAAAGCCUGAUAAGGGUAUUGAUCUGUAUGACUUCAAUGAUGAUGAUUCUGGUGAUGACCUCCCAGUUGUAUUCCGUAGGGACAAGCCAAGAGUUCAUACCCUCACACGAGAAGCUCUUGAUCAGCUUCAUGAAGCUGCCAAACUUGAGCCUAAACACAAUCCUCUGCCGGAGUGGGUGAAAUCUAAUGGAGAUGCACCAAAGGAGGAAACAGAAAAAGAUGAGGAAGAAAAAGAGAAAGAGAAAGAUAAGGAGCCUGUAAAGACACUUCCUAAAAAGAAGAAGAAGAAAGUUGUGGCUAGCAAAAAGGUUUCUCCGAAAUCUGUUAAAAAGGUGAAGUCACCUAAAGCAACAAAGGCAUUGAAAUCAACCAAGUCAUCCACUCCUCCCAAAUCUCCUAAAGCAACAGCAGCUCCAAAGACUCCAAAGUCACCCAAAUCACCCAAGUCUCAGGGAAUGAAGAAGAAAGUGUGUCCAGAAGUAGCCAAGAAGAAGACACCAGUGUCAAAAAAGAAAGUAUCUCCACAAACCAAGAAGGCAGCAAAGAAGAAGUCUCCUUCUAAGAAGAAGGAAACAAAGCCUAAGGGUAAAACAUCUGUGAAGAAAACAAAGACUAAGAAGGCAGCUGCUGUUGAUGAAGAUAAAUCCAAGGAACAGGUGGAAGAGAAGGAAGCAAGUGUUGAGAAAGAGAAGGAACCUGAAGCUGAACCACAGCCGGAAGCUGAACCUGAAGCUGAAGUAGAAAUCCCAGUUGAACCCCAGGUUGUUCCAGAACCUCAGCCUCCAUCUCCACAGACUCUUCAUAAACCACAAAGUCCAGAGAGUGAUGACAGUUCCCCAAGUCCACAUAGCCCCCACAGUGACCGCAGUGUGUGUAGUCCACUCCUCAGUGACAAUGAGAGUGAGGGUCAGCCUCAGCCUCUGCCGGUUGAACAAGAGGAACGAGAACAGGAACAGAUUGAGGAGAAGCAGGAGAACUUAGAGGAAGCCUACCAGGAACUUGAAGUUCCUACUGUCCUUGAAGUGCCCAAAGAAGAGGCCAUGUCUCCUGGACAAGCACAGCAAGAGGCAAUUGAUAGAUCUCUUGAGGAAAAUCCUAUUAUUGAUGAUUCCACUAUGAAAGAUCUGAACUCUCAGCAGGAUAUGAGGCAGUACUCACCAGCAUUGGUUGAGGAACCUGAGGAAAAGACUGAAGAACAGCAAGGAGAUGAUGAAGAACAGAGAGUCUCCUCUGAUGAUGAAGUCCCCAAUGAUAUUCUCCUAACUCCACCUCGAGCACCUGCUCCUCCUCCACCUCAGAGCCCAUCAGAGGAGGAAGAGGAGGUGGAGGAAGUGAUGCAGCCUGUGCAAUCUCCUCUCCCUGCUCCUGUCUCUGUUCCUGUUCCUAUCCAAGAACCACUCUCUCAUCCAGAACCUAUGUCCAACCAACCCAUGUCCAAUCAACCUUUGUCCCAAGUGUCCCAAGAUCAGCAGCAACCGUUGCCUAGUGUGGAACCUCCUAAAGAUGAUGCUCAGCCACCACCACCACCACCACCUCCUCCUCAACCAAGUGCUCAAUUCCCUCAUCAGGCCCAUGCACCUGAGUGUGACAAGGAUUACCUGGGGCAGUAUCUCCAGGACCUCAAUGUACCUGGCAACACUCCAAGAGAAGCUGUUCCAGAAGAGCCUAACCGUCUCCAGAGGCUAGAAGAACUGGCAGAGAAGCCUCAUGAGGACAGUCGAGAUAUCCCAAGAGCAGCAUCUGUGGCCAGUAAUGUAAUCACUCACACAAGUAUGCAACCAUUUCAUGAUAUGUCCCAUAAACGCAUGGAAAUCUUGGCCUGUGAUCGUUCUCAGGAACAACACUUCCAGAGGGACACAGCAUCUGCGCUUCCACGACUGCCAGACCCUGCCCCAUUUGAAACAUUUAAUCCACUCAAUUCAAUUCAUAGUGUAUCUAGAGAGAAUAAUUUCUUGCGUCAGAAUGAAAAUAUCUUUUCUGCACAAACCACAGGUAGCAGUUUCAUGAGGCUUGGGGAGAGUGAGGCAAUGAGGCAGAGAAUGACCACACCUUUCUUGCCUCAAAAUGAUAGAACUGCUAUUUCACGUCUCCCAGACACAGCACUGAGACCAACUAACCCAGCUCUUCUUCGCCGACCAACAACCAUGCCAAGUACGGACAUGUUUCCCACCACUGCCAUGCCUCAGACCAUGCAGAGGAACCCCUUCACAAACACAUGGUCGGGGCAGGAGGUACGGCCUCCUCACUGGCCACAGGCUCCAUACUUGCAGCGCACAAUAGAUAGACAGCCGAACACCACACCUGCAACGCUCUUUGCCAAAGACAACUACCUCGCCAGUCGCGACUUUAUGUUUGACCCCUCUAGGACAAUGACAGAGCGUAAUAUGUUUGCCAGCCUCUCAUCUCCGCAGCCCCAGAGAGAACUGGCCCCAGAGACGUUUCCACUUGAAUUGAGUUAUUUCGGAAGUCAUCCGUACUCAGGAACUGCUACAUUAGACUAUAGUAGGCCACCAUGUGGAACUGCCACUAAAACUUUCGACGAGCGUUAUCGUCAGACUGCUGGUACAGCCAUGAGUGACUUCCGAGGUUUGCCCCAAACUUCUUCCACUGAUGUGUUCAGUGGCAUUGGUGUAAAUAGCAGUUUCAAUUUAGACAAAUAUAUGUAUCCCAGAGACCCUGUGUAUCAUCCGCAACAUGUUGGUGACAAUACUAAUAGUGCUUUCCUGACGCAUAGUACACCCACUCAACAUUCUGUGUUUGAUAGGGAAUAUCCCCAUCGUAGCCUUUACCCUCAUCAAAACGCCCCGUAUCCAUUUCUAGAAGAGAGGCAGUACUCGACGGCAGCCAAACUGACUCAUUCAGCGGGCCCAACGGUCAACCAAGACCGGGACUUUAUGGCCCGACCCAACACUGCGGAGAGUCAGAUGCCCCCAGACCCAUACCGAUGUGGGGUGCUCUAUAAUGUCAUGAAUAGAUAUUCAUUUGAAUAGACGAGUGUUUGUUAAGUUUUGUUUAUGUGUCUCAUUGCCUCUCAUAUAUAUCAAGUUCAAACUGUUUUACUGUGCACCCUUCACUGAAGAUGAUGUCUGACUAACUGAGUGAUAGUUUGUUGGCUUGUUCAGAAUACCUUUUAGAGUAUUUCAUCAUAAAUGAAUUAUCUGAUGUUACAAUUGUUUGGUUACAUUCAAGAAAUAUUUUUCUCUGGUAUUGCAGGUUUUAAAUGAGCUCAGAAAGAUUUAUGCAAAUUAAUUUUGAAAAAUUCCUCCUUUUUGUACAUUUGGGAGAUUUUCUGCAUUUUAGCACUGAUAGAGUGUGUUAAGAAGCACAUAUUUUGUUGCCAAAGGCUAUGAUCUUCAGUGAAGGUUGUAUCAGGAUACUUGUUUGUAUUCAAGGAUCACACUUGAAAGUUUAAUUGUUUAAAUUUUUAUUACUUAAAGUGUUGCAAAUUACAGAAGAAAAGUGAAAGGUGGUUAAUGCUUAAUACUAUGUACAUUACAUGCAUAGAUUCUUCGGAUUUGUUUCUAUGUACGGUCAUUUCAGAAGUAACUGAGCAUGCAUGGGUGUCUGCUACCAUACAAAAUUAUUUAAAUUAGGUGGGUCGGCAUUUCUUUUUUUUUGAAAUCUACCUAUGUACUUAAAUGAAUUGAUACUUGUCGGCACGUACGAUCAACAUCCAGAUAUUCAUGACAACAGGUUUAUGGUCCAGAUCCUGAUAUUAUCUGUGGUAUAUGUUUGUUUACUGGUCACAACAGUUCAGUGAAGCCUACAGCAGGUGCCCCUCUGGUACACAGUAUGGUUCACUGACACUUGAUUCAGAGAAACAUUUCAAUAUUAAACGUGUGACCGUGUUAAGGGGAGACCACCCUGACCCGUGUCGGUUUGUUCCAGCAAUCCAAGGAGUGGAAGUGUCAUUAUUCAUACAUUAAUGUUAAAUGAACAUGUAUGCUCUCUUACUUCAAAUUGACCUGUACUUUAUACAUAACUUAUUUCACAAAUGUUAUGGAAAUGUACUUAAUAGUUGCAGUAAAGCUGUAAUUUCAGAUCUGGUCUAAAGGUUUUUGAAAUAAGUUAAUUAUUUGUGAAGUGAUUUGUUUGCUUUGAGAAUGGAGAAAAUAUUUCAAAGUCUCAGCAUAGGUGCAGUGUAGGCAAGAUCAUCUUGUGAAAAUACUUAAACUGUUUCCUUUGUGAACCGUGAUGUCCUGAGAGCAAGAUCUGAGUGCUGUCAUAGUAAACACCUGUAUUGUGUUAACACAAAUUAUAACAGAUAGGAUGAGUUUGAUGGAAUACAGAUGUUGGCUUGCCUCCCUCCACGUCCAUAGCUGCUGAUCCUGUUGGCAGCAGUGAUGUGAAGCUGAUAAUGAAUCAGUAGUGUAAAGCCUCUUUUCAAGGGUAUGCCACUUUUUGCAUUUAUCCCCAUUUUUCUGAAAUGUUAGAUUUUAAGAUAUUGUUUUAAAAUAUGAUAUGUGACUUUGUGUGCUGGCAUUUAGGUGCCUGACUCUGAGGAUGUGGGUUCGAAUCCCGUACUCAACCCAACAAAAGUACUAGAAUCUGUACUUUACUAAGAAAGUGUAAUCCCAAAUAUAACAUAUGUUACAUUGUUAUAAUUCAUUUUAGAUCAAAGUCAGUAGUAAAAUGAUGACACUGACACGUCCUGUUACAUUAUUAAGAGAUCUAUUAAACAUUUUUAUAUGCAUUGUUUGCCAUUAAGACAGUACCAAGUCUAAAGAGUCUCUUUAAAUUGUAUUUGGUUUUUAACAGUCAACUGAUAAUAAUCCACAGUAUAUACAGUAUAGAAAAAUCUACUGAAACAGAUUUUGACAAAUUGGGUGUAACACAGUAGACUUUGUCUCUGUCUACAUCAAAUAUGUCCAGUUUGCUACAGGUGUUUACUGUGAUGGUAUCCCAGGUGUUGUCGGAGUAGACUCCUAGCCUGAACUGGUACUUAGGUUCACUCACUAAUCUUAGUCCUAGCACAUGCAGACACAAUCAAAUGAGUCGUUGAUACAGAUUCAGUGUUCAUCAGUAGCAUUAUUUGCAUGUUUAUGUCAAGAACAAAAUAUUGAUUUACCUUCGUCCGUCUCAUUUUGUACAAGAACAAAUCGUUUGACCUAGUUUGGUAUGUGAUUCAAACAUUUUACCAUAUUCGACAUAUUUAGUGACAUUUACCGUGGGCAGUGAUGAAAUAGACGUGUGACUAUGAUAAUUUGUUUGUUAAUGGUAAGUAGAUUGUUAACAAUGAUUAAUGACAUGCUGGUUGAGAACUGAUAAUCUGCUUCAUUGUCUGAGUGAGGAGUCUCUCCACACUGAAAACUACUGCUUCUUUUACCCUUUAGGACUGACAGUGCAGUAAGUUUGUGAAGGUGUGUACCAUUUGAUGCACUUACAUGUUUGCAAUUUUAUGAGUGCUUCCAGCUACUGCUGCCAUUGCACUGAAGUGCUUCUGUACAUUUCAAGCACAAUGCAGAGGCCAAUUCCAGAUUGUCAGGGUGGGAGUUCAGGGAGGUUUGGUUGGGGAUGGAAUAGUUUGAACAAGUUGUUGCAGGUUUUUCGGGGAUGUGCUGUUUGGGAUGGGGGGUAGAUAAGUUGAGGAUGGGAUAGCCGAGGAAGUUGUGGGCUUUUUAAGGGAUGGGAUGGUUUGGGGAUGUGAUAGUAGGGGAAGUU